GUUGUUCUGUUGUUCUGUUGUCUGUUGUUCUGUUGCCAACGUCAGCAGUCAAACUGUGAGAUUAAAUCAUCUUUUUGAUAAUCCACGUUAUAAUCCGAUUCCAUUUUGACUGAUUUCAUGUCAGUGUUACAACGACUGUUGUCCAGGUGAUGGACAGCGUCAGUGUUGACAGUCAGAGGUCCACUACACCCGGACCAGGACUGACUGUCCCUGGAACCGGAUUUAUUCUGAGUCCAGAAAAGAAGUGGGAUUAAACAGAGGAUUUACUGCACAGGGAGAUUAGUUCAGUAUUCCACUGAAAUCAAGGCCUUCAAGGUCAAGCACUGCAGGGGGCGCUGUGAUGAGAAGGAGCCAUGUCUUGGGGAGACGUUGAAGGAUGAAGACAUCAAUGGAUCAGUUCAUUCAGUCUUUAAAAACUGCUGACGUUCAGACUUUAGUCAAGACGACGAGGCUGAAGUUUUUAUUCACCUUGUUUUACUUCCAGGUAAACCAUCGGAGUGAGUGACACCAGGCUGAAACACAGUCCAACCCAUGGCGGCGCCGCCUCUUCUACCCUGGAUGCUGCCCCGGAGUCUUGCCCCCCUGACUCUGACCCCCCCCCUGCGUUCCGUCCUGUGGUUCUCUCAGCCGCGGCUGUAGACGUGAUGAGGCGUGGGACCAGCCUGCAGAGCCGCCGCAGUACGGCCUCGGGAUCCGUGAGCGCAGAGCGUGAUCCUCUCCUGAGAGCCAGUCCCCCGGCCCCACGCCGCCGCAACACCGCGGAUCCUCAGCAGCUCAGCAGCCGCCCACGCUCCUCUUCCACCAAUGACAGCGCACCUGGCCCCGCCCCGGUCACCACGGGGACUGAGGCGGUUCUGUCGUCAGGGUACCAGUCCACGGAGGAGGCCGACAGGAUUGACCGCCUGGAGGGGAGUGGACUGGUCCACACGCCUGCGUCUGUGUCCUGUGGGACUGAUGGUUCCCUCCCGGGGUCAGAGGAUGGAGCCCCGGACCCUCAGCGCACCAAACAGGCCAUCGCUCAGCUGCAGCAGAAGAUCCUGAAGCUCACAGAGCAGAUCAAGAUUGAGCAGACGGCCAGGGACGACAACGUGGCAGAGUACCUGGAACUGGCCAACAACGCUGACAAGCAGCAAAGUUCACGCAUCAAGCAGGUGUUUGAGAAGAAGAACCAGAAGUCGGCUCAGACCAUCCAGCAGCUGCAGAGGAAACUGGAACACUACCACCGCAAACUGAGGGAGGUGGAGCACAACGGCAUCCCACGCCAGCCCAAAGAUGUCCUGAGGGACAUGCAGCAGGGACUGAAGGACGUGGGGGCCAGAGUGACGGGCUUCAGUGAAGGUGUGGUGGACAGUGUGAAGGGGGGGCUGUCCAGCUUCUCUCAGGCCACUCACUCUGCUGCAGGAGCCGUGGUUUCCAAACCUCGAGAAAUCGCCUCACUGAUUCGCAACAAAUUCAGCAGCGCUGACAACAUCCCCGCCCUGAAGGACUCUCUGGACGACUCCUCGAUGGAGGAGGGGUCCGGGGCCGUGACCGCGGCCGUGGCCGGGGGGCGUUUGCUGACAGCUCCUGGGCACCACCUACAGUCCAGUCCCAGGUACGGCAGCGAGGAUGACUGCUCCAGCGCUACCUCAGGGUCCGUGGGGGCAAACAGCACUACGGGGGCCCCUGGGGGGCCCCCUAGUUCAAAGGGCAACACGCUGGACAGGACGCAGAGCUCCAGCCUGGACCUGCUGCUGCAGGAGGUGCAGGACCUGAGGGAGGGCCAGGCACGGCUGGAGGAGAUCCUGGAUGGUCUGAAGAGUCACUAUCAGAGAGACUACAGUCUGAUGAUGGAGUCGCUGCAGGAGGAACGCUACAGGUGUGAACGUCUGGAGGAGCAGCUGAACGACCUCACGGAACUCCACCAGAACGAGAUAGUCAACCUGCAGCAGGAGCUGGCCAGCAUGGAGGAGAAGAUCGCCUACCAGUCGUGUGAGAGAGCCAGAGACAUUCAGGAGGCGCUGGAGGCCUGUCAGACCAGAAUCUCUAAGAUGGAGCUCCAGCAGCAGCAGCAGCAGGUGGUCCAACUGGAGGGGCUGGAAAACGCCACGGCCAGAACCCUCCUGGGGAAACUGAUCAACGUGCUGCUGGCCCUGAUGGCCGUCCUCCUGGUCUUUGUCUCCACCGUGGCCAACUGUGUGGUCCCCCUGAUGAAGACGCGCUGCCGCUCCAUCUCCACCCUGCUCCUCCUCCUCCUAGUGGCCGUCCUGUGGAGGAACUGGGACGCCUUCUCCACGUACACCCAGCAGGUCCUGCAGCGACCCGGCUGAUCCGGAGGUCGGGCCCAGUGUUGUAACUGUAGCUCCAGCUGUGGUGAAGUGUGAGGAGCACUCUGUGGUCCAACACUGAAGAACCAGCACCAGGCCCUGGGGUCAGGACCGGGCUGAUGGUUCUACCACGAAGGAAGGACUGUUUACAUUUUAACCACAACUGUUUUAGAUCAGACUUUAUUUAAUAAUAUUCAUAUUAAUUCUAGUAAUGUUUGAAUUGACUGUGUACGACCUCGUAGCAUCGCACUGACCUGUGGGUGAGUGCUGUCCUCUGACCUCCUCUGAAGGCUGUGACUGGACCUCCUCUGACCUCUGACCUCCUGCCCUGCUGUGAUGAAGGUUCUGGUCACAGGUGAAGGUCACAGUCUGAUGCAAAAUGUCACUUUAUGAUGAAAUGAAAGAUUUGCUCUGAAAAUUCUUCGAUCACAGCUAAUGACAGCUGCCCGUUGGCCACAAGGGGGAGGUGUUGCAGCGAGAUCAUUGGUUCUAGUCACCGCUGCUCUUUCUGUGCAGAGUUCUCCUGUGUGUCAGUGUGUCCAGUGUCAGUCCAGCUUCAGUCCAGUGACAGUCCAGCCUCAGUCCAGCUUCAGUCCAGUGUCAGGCCAGCCUCA